AUGGCUCCGACAGAUGCAGAGACACUCACGCAGCUCCGAGAACAGAUCCAACAGUUGGCUGCGGCUGUGCAAGCCAUCGCCCUCAAGCAGGAAGAAUACAUCAAUGUCCAGCAACAAGAAAAAUACGACAGCGAACAAGACAGUUCGUUUGAAGAAGAUGCCGAAAACGCUAUCACUGAGCUUGUUCCGGAGUUUCACGGCGGAGAAUCGGCCGAGAAACUCCUCGACUGGAUCGCCACGGUCGAAGAGACCCUUGAGUGCAAACGCAUAUCCUUUGAGCGAUGCGUUCCCAUGAUCACCGUGCGAUUCCGUGGCUCAGCAGCAGCUUGGUGGGCGAAAGAAACGGCGUCUCGGGAACGUUUGGGAAAACCUAGAAUCUUGUCGUGGGAUAAGUUGAAGAAGAAGAUGCGUAAAAGCUUCUUGCCAGUCAACUACGACCACGUGGUGUACCAACGCUUUGACAACUUGAAACAAGGAAGUCUAUCAACAGUAGAAGAGUACGCGACCGAGUUUUCAUCGCUUUUGAGGCGUGUUGAUCUUCAGGAAUCGGACCAACAAAUCGUGGCGCGUUUCGUCGGCGGUUUGUGGAUGGGGAAGAUGAGAUACACUCUUAGGUUGUUGAACCCUCUCACUCUUGCUGAAGCAAAACAAAAGGCCCUCAUCGUCGACGAUCGCCCGGAGAACCGAGGAGCGGUGCAAAUACAAUGUUUAGUGUUAGAGCCAGUAGUGGUGCGUGGUAGCUUGUUGCGUCCACGUCAAGCCAUUGCUCUACUUGUCCUCUCUCUCUCUUCAAUUGUCUUCCCCAACAAGUCUACCUCUGCUCUUCUUUCAUAA